UGUCGUCAAAGCCGGCCUUUCCUUGAGUUGAUUGUAUUUAUAGAACUAUGUGAAACAACUUCUCACAAAAUACCGGUUGCGUUUCCGCGGCUCUUAUCAUCGCCAUUUCGAACAAAACCUGCCACCACGGAGUUUCGUGCGAUGCUGUAGUGUUUUUAGGUUUAGGUAACUUCAUUAACGAAACGUCUUUCCCCAAUUUUCUAUCAAUAACCGUCGUCCUUCCCUGCGCCGCUAAACUUGUUUUAUUCAAUAGCCUGCAGCAUUUCUUUGGUUGAUCUUCUCACUGUGGAGACAUCAAGUGCAUCUCAGUUUAUACCAGCAAAGAAUUGUCAACAAGUCAACAAAAUGAGCAAAUACGCCUGGGUGACUUUAGCGACCAAUGAUUCCUACUCCCUUGGAGCUCUUGUUGUAGCUCACUCGCUAAAGCGAGUUCAUACCGAGCAUCAAACAGCUGUGCUCAUUACGCCAGGUGUAUCGGAAUCAAUGAAAACAAAGUUGCGCGCUGUGUUUAAUGUUGUAGAAGAGGUUAAUCUACUGGAUUCAAAAGAUGAAGCAAAUCUUGCGCUUCUUAAGCGACCAGAGCUGGGUGUUACUUUCACCAAAUUACACUGUUGGCGCCUUACACAAUUCGAGAAAUGUGUUUUCCUCGAUGCAGAUACGCUGGUUUUGCGCAACUGUGAUGAGCUUUUCGAACGAGAAGAGCUAUCGGCUGCACCUGACAUUGGCUGGCCGGAUUGUUUCAAUUCAGGCGUGUAUGUGUACACCCCAAAUAUGGAAACAUUCUCUAGCUUGGUUCAGUACGCUGUCACUCACGGUAGUUUCGAUGGCGGGGAUCAAGGAUUGCUGAAUUCAUACUUCUCUGAUUGGGCUCACAAGGACAUCCAGAAGCACUUGCCCUUCAUUUACAACACGUCUUCGGUGGCAACGUACUCUUACUUGCCUGCAUUUAAACAGUUUGGACAAAACACAAAAAUUCUUCAUUUCAUCGGUGUUGCUAAGCCAUGGCUGCAGAACUUUAACUCUGAAACACGAAAAGUUUAUGUUCCUUCCGAAUGUCAGCAUCUAGCCAACUUUCUUCAGUACUGGUGGGACAUUUUCGCUGAAGAUGUUCAUUCACGCCUAAGUCCGGAUAUGCGUACAGAUCAAUGGGUCGAUAAAAUGAUACAACAACACGAAGCAAAUAUAGGUCACUGGGAAAAAGCUCCUAGCAAAGUAUACGAGGUUCAGGAACGAGAGCCAUUCAGCUUCAAUACUGCGGACCCGAACGGUUAUCAAUUGAACAACAAAUUAAAUCCACAAGACUCAGUUGGUGAUAGAAGCACUUCCGUUAAGGAUAGUACUGAAACUAUUACAGUAGAAGAAAUCAAAACGGUUGCUUUAACCUCCCAACAACAAGCAUCAUGUCCCGACCUGUACGAACCAGCCGAAUGCCAAGCAAAUGUUGAUGGUGGUAAAAAUGGGGAAGGGGAAGGGAGUGGUAUUGCUGGGGCAUUGGCUCAGUUGCAUCUUGGCGAAGCGAAAUCUAAGGAACAAGAAGCCUACGAAGAGCAUAUGAGACGUCAAUGCUGGGAAACAGGCAACAUCGAUUAUAUGGGUCGGGACUCUUUUGACAACAUUUGGAAACGCAUUCAACAAACAAUAAACACCGGCACCGGCUCAUGCAUGGAAGAGUCAUCCGAAGCUUCCGUUGCGCAAGCUACUGCACCUGGUACAACACAACGCGCAAGCCGCCGCCCAUCACGUUCGCGAUCUGCAACUCCGAAAAGAGAUCCGAAAGACCGCUCUCCAACGCCACAACCAGAAGAGAAAAUAUCUGUUGAUAAAAAGGAAGCACAAGUCGUUCCUCCACCGGUCAUUGCGGAGGAAGACGAUGUUGCUGUCAGUUUAUCUACGAUGGACAGUAGUAGCUUUGCAAUGCGACUCCAAACCUCCAGGCUGCCACCACCAAUUCAGUAUGAUCCAACUACCAAUACGACAACAUUGACGAAGAAAGUUUUUGCAGGUUACCAGCAAAUUAUAACGACCAAGAGUCCAGAAGGAAAAACUCGAACGCACACGAAGCUGGUCUACGAUCCCUCGGUCGAAGAUGAUCAAACUAAAGAGGAGACGAAUGUGCCACUUACUACACCCACAGUAGCCUCGAACCAGGACGAAGUAGAUGGUACUGUGAUGCAGAAGGCGACCAUAAAUCCUCCUCCAGUAUCGUCGAAGCAAAAGAUAACGACGGCAGCUGCUGAAGGUGGCAUGAAGGAAAUGUCUUCAACAAAAACUGCAGUGCAGGCACCGAAUAUCACUCCUGAAAUUAAAAGAGAUGCCAAUGUUUCCCAGUCACCGAUGCCAAAAUCUGCAUCAAAACCCACGGCUCCAUCCUCAGCCCAACAGCCUCAACAGCAGGUGGCACAGGAAUCGCUUGCAGGUAAAACGAACGCAUUCUUCGAAACACAGCAACCGAUCAAAGCAUUGCGUAAAAAAAGACACAUUUCUCCACCGCCGCAACCACUGCCUACUACAAACGCGACGUCCAACAAUCAAGCCUCAGGAAAAGCAUCAACUUCAUCUUCGCCAUUAUCACCAUCAUCGUCAUCUGCAACGAACGCUUUGCAUCGUGGGCUGCCGGCUAAUCCAAAGGCUUCCGUAACUACAGCUAUUUUGCCAUCUGUCGUAUCGCAUCCAUCAAUAGCAUCCUCUAGCAAGGCAGAAGCGAGCAACACACAGAACACUCUCAACACACGCACUUUUCUAAAUAAUCAAAAAGAUGAAUCGGCUCUAACACUGCCAUUACUUGAGAAGACUUCAACACCCGCGUCACAGUCAUCACCGUCAACCAAGAGCUCCACUGAAACGAAACCAAACCACACCGCCGUCGAAGGUUCUAAGGUUGGUUCGCCUCCAGUGCCUCCACGUCGUAAGCGUGAAUCAAGAACUGCAAAAAUAGCACGGCUCAUUCGAACGUUCUGCACUAUCUUGUGAGGCCACAAGGCUUGGUAUAAAAUUAUUCACCCACCAACCCGUGCCCGUAGCCUGUUGUAAUUCUUCAAUGAUUCUAAAAGUUUACUAUAGAUGGAUGGUAACAGCUUACAGUGCAUUGUUCAAAUGAAAUAACGUUUGCCUUUGCACGGGCAUACGUAUGAUGUGACCUAUUAAAAUUGUUCUAUCCAUCCUUAUUGCACUGGCCGUUUUUCGAUGCAUUUUCGUUGCUACUGAACUAUAUGCAACUAUUUUAAUGAAUGAAUGUUUUAUUUCCAACUAACAUGCCGAACUUGCAAAACUAUUUGGUAGAUCGUGAAUGUGCUUCUUCUGUUCUAUUUUUUGAAAUAAACUGUUGUGUACACUUACA